UACGCACUCAGACAGUUGUGAGGCAGAGAGCGCACAGCAAACAUCACCACUCCGCAGCAGCACAGCGUGCGAUCCCCUCGCUGUACACGAGUUGGGUGUUUACUUACAAGUUUCGGGGCAGAAACCAUCUAAAGUCCGUAGAAAUGACUACAAUGUUCGGAUACCCUGUGUUCCCCGUCCUGCCAGACCACUGUCUGAACCAGGGGGAGCUAAGAGAGGGACUGCCCAGGGUGCGAAGCAUCAUGGCCCAGCCGGACUACAUGGACGGGGACUGCGAUGAGCUUAUCAAGCCCAAGAAACUUAUUAACCCAGUCAAGAAUUCCAGGAACCAUCAAGACCUGCACCGAGAGCUGCUAAUGAGCCAAAAGAGGGGUGGCCUGGCUCCUAUGAAUAAGCCAGAACUGCAGAAGGUGAUGGAGAAGCGGAAGAGAGACCAAGUGCUCAAGGCCCAGAAGGAGGAGCAGGAGGCCCACAAGAAGAGGUCAGACCUGGAGAUCGAGCUCAUGAAGAGACAGCAGAAACUUGAACAGCUGGAGCUAGAACAACAGAAGAAUGAGGAGGAGCAGGAGAACACUCCCGAGUUUGUGAAAAUGAAGAGCAACCUGAGGAGAACCAAGCAGGAGGUGGACGACCAGGAGCACACCACUUAAGGACACGGACAGGGAAGCAACUUAGGAGAAGUCCUAGGCACAUGUCACCAUGGCAACUGGACUGCAGUCUUGGGGGAUUUCCUGGUGUUCCUUACCCUGUGUCCCUGUGAAACCAGUGACUCUAGAUUAAAGGUUCCUCCUGAAGGGUUUAACCAGUACUCACUUCACCUCUCUCACCAAAACACUGGCGGCAGAAGGUGGGGCAAUGACACAUACACAUACAAAGCCACACUUUUGUUCAGACACACACACACACACACACACACACACACACACACAGAGAGAGAGAGAGACAUGGUCACAGACAUGCACGCGUACCUGUCACAGGUUGACUGGCUUUAGUGGACGUGUACAGCGGAGCAGAUUAUUGUUGUUCUAUUCCCUGAUGUUUCUCUUAAGUUUAAGAAAGCCACUAAGAAGCUUCUUUUUUAUUUUCAACCGUGGAGAAUUGAAAAACGGACACUGGAUGGACUUUUGAAGCUGCAUUUGGCCAAAAUAUUGUGAUUUUAUUUAUGUUCUGUAUUGCUAUGGCUUGAGUCAAUGAGACCUCUCCCAUUUUUUUUUUUUUUUUUUUUUUUUUCAACUGAUGAAUUCUACGCAUUUUGUGACAGACUGUUCAAAGCUUAGCCCUGUGGUACACCCACUCUAUUGUAUUUUUUUAAGUAUUGUGUACUUCCUUAGCUAAAACUCUUUCAAGCAAUAUUAGAUUUUGGCGUGUGUGUGCGCGUGUACAUUUUUUUUCUUUAUACAUAUAUAUUUGUUGUUGUUUUUUUUAUGACUGAACAAAAAUAAUAUCUUUUAGUUGUAUGUGUUAAUAGGUCACGGAGGUAAGACUUUUUCUUUACCAGGCCUUUUCUUUUCCUGUGAUUGAGCUUGGGGCAUUUGGGUAAACAACCUGUGCUGAGUAUUCAAGGGAAAUUAUAGGUCUUUGGCUGACCUGAGCCAAGCCACGUUAUGUAAACUUUCUUUUAAUAAAUGUUAUUUUACCAUGUUAACAUA